AUGUUUGACAGCGGCGUUACUGCCAAGGUCAAUCUGUUGGAGAGGAGUUGUUCUUGUUGGAAAUUUGACUUAGUGAAAAUGCCGUGCGAAUAUGUAAUUGCAGCUUUGCGAGCAAAUUAUGGCGAUGACGUAGGUUAUGGCAACUCCAUCUAUGAGUACUUUUUGCCAAUUUAUAAAUUUAAAACUUACCUCCUCGCAUCUUCGAAAGCUAUUAGCAUUGUCCCUCCAGAGGCUGAAUGGACUGUGCCACAGGAAGUGCAAGAUAGUAAGAUUUCUCCACCCUCCUACGAUUACAAACUUGAAAGGAAGAAAGUCAAAUACACUAAGGGCGUCGGUGAGAUAUUCAAGUCCAAAAGGAGGAAAUAG